UAUUUAGGCGGGAAAUUUCCCAAUAAAAUUAAAUUAAGAAAAGCCUAGGUUCUUGAUAGAAAUUCAAAAUUUUUAUUUCCCGGCAAACGUCUCUGCCUGGCUUGCACUGCAAUUGAUUAUCAAAGAAGAAAACAAUUGGCGAACCAUUUCCACAUCAUCUCUGCAAAUCUAUCUCGAUUGCAAUCUCCAAUUUUUUUUAUAUAUUGAGAGAGAGAGAGUGUGUGUGCGCGCGCGCAUGUGCACUAUGGAUUUACCCAUUGAAGGAAUGGAGAAAGUAGUGGCAACAGUUAGUGGGUACCAUGGAACGGAGCGUUUUAACCUGAUUAAGCUAAUAUCACACUCCGGCGCCAGUUAUGUAGGUGCAAUGUCAAGAUCAAUAACACACUUGGAAGGAAAUAUGAACUAGCAAUGAAGUUUAAAGAAACAAUAAUCGUCAAUCAUCGGUGGAUUGAGGACUGUAUCAAGCAAGGGAAGCGUGUUUCGGAGCAUCCUUACAUGUUGCAAAGCGGAAGUGAAGUAGGGCCUCUAUUGCUGGAGGUCCCAAUCAUUGAUAAGAAUAGAAAUUGUAAAGCACUGCUUGACAAAUUCAGCAUUUUUGAAGACUCUGAAAGACGAGAUUAUGGCAAGGAUUGUCGAGAUUCUUCUGGUCUUACUUUGUGGACUGAUUCCUUUUUGUUGGAUGAGAAUUUGUUUCCUGAGGUGACAAAAAACAACACUAAUUCGUACAAAUCAAAGCCAAAACAGGCAACCAAAACUUCAAAGCAGGAAAAAAAGUCAAGUGGUAGAUAUGAUCUUCCGGAUCCUUCUUUAUCUGGUACAGCUAGUUUGGAGGAAGAAGAUUCAAGUUCAAAAUCUUCUAUUCAUUCUGUGAGAGAGAAGAGGAAGAUUUCAGGUGAUGAAGGGACAAGCACUUAUUCUAACAAGCGUUUGAUGAGGGGAAAACGGAAGAUUUUUUAUGAUAUUGGAAAUACUUCUUUGACUAAACCUUCUUGUGAUGGACGGAGGCUCAUGAAGAAAAAUUUGGGCAGAGACAAUUUAGAGAUUGGGAUUUUGGAUUCCGAUAAUGAGUGCCAUCCAAUUAUACCUCUUGAUGAGAACAGUGAUGCAGCUACUUCAUCUGAAUUUGAAGAUCACAAAAGAACAGUUAACACAUUUGAGAUUGGAACAGCAUCUGACUCUGCCUUGAAUACUGAGGCUUCUAGAUAUGAAGCUUUUGAUAAUAUUGAAGAGAUAAGUGGUAGGAAUUAUAUGCCUGCUCCUGAGAAUACUAGUUCAUAUCCUGAGGUGACAGCAGUUGAUACACCAUAUGGUUGUCCUGCUAUUCAGAACUUAGCUGGCAAGAAUGAUGAUGUGAGUCAGUCUGAAUGCAUUUCUGGAUUACCUACAUCAGUGGAAUUAUCAUGUGUUAUAUGUUGGACAGAUUUUAGUUCAAUUAGAGGUGUUUUGCCAUGUGGGCACCGAUUUUGUUAUUCAUGCAUCCAAAACUGGGCUGAUCAUAUGAUUUCAAGAGGAAAAAUUUCCACAUGUCCUUUGUGCAAGACUAGUUUUGUAAGCAUUACUAAAUUGGAGGAUGCAGCCACUUCUGAUCAGAAAAUUUACUCUCAAACUAUUCCUUGUGACUCCUCAACAACAAAUAUUUUGAUGUUACAUGAUCGUGCAAACAGAUUUGGUGUUGAGUCCUCAUUAGCCACAGUUUGUGGUGAAUGCUGUUGCCGGGAACCUGAGGAUCUUCUUAUUAGCUGUGAUCACUGCCAUAUUCGAUGUAUUCAUAUCUACUGCUUGGACCCUCCUUUGAUACCAUGGACCUGCAUUCAAUGUAAGGAUCUCCAAAGGCUAUAUUACCAUGCCAGAUAAUAUCUUUCUCAGGUAUACAUCCUUACACUGCAAGAACUUUCAUUUGUUAUACCUGAAAAAGCAUUUUAGCUUGAUUUCUGCUCGUGCAGCUCUGAUUGUUAGUGUCAGCGAACAUCUUUUUCUGUUUAAAUGGUCAUCACUGGGAUCGGUUGUUGAUUCUUCUCAUAGUUGUUGACCAGACAACUUUUGACUCAUUUCCUAGUGCCUGACCCCUCUUUUUGCAAGUGUAAUUAGCUGGAAGUCUCUAGACGCUCUACUCUUACACCCCAUAGCUAUGCGUCUAAUACAAAAUCAAACGCUACUUGAUUGUAACCUCUUAACCUCUAAACUCUUAGAAAAACAUUUUGAAAUGAGAGUUUGUCUGCUGUUGAUUUUAUUCCCAGUGUACAUGCCAUUUGUAGAAUAAAAUCUUUGUUAGGAAAAAAAAAAGAUAUUUUUUGUUAUUUGAACUAUUGGCUCGUGUUGAUUAUGCGCAUGCUUGUGUGAUAAUUUCAUGUUCAUUCCAUUGCUUUAGCAGUUAAAGAUUUUGAUUGCCGAUUAUUAGGGACUACCAUUCUGUAAGGGAAAAGCUGUACAGGUUUCUCUUAAUAAGUUUGCUGCAUAGUUAUUGAUUACUAUAAGUAUGGCUGGCAAUUUUUAACAUAACCGGAUCAAAGGACAUGAUAAGAUACAUAAUACGUAAAUGUAUUUGACUUUGAAAUAAAUAAAUUCGGGUCAUAAAUAGAUUAAACGACUUAAUAUGUGAAUAAUACGAGUAAACAUGUUUAUUUAAACAGAUUACUAAGUUAAUAAGUAAUACA